AUGCACCUUCCCAAUUAUUCUGAAAUUGAGAUUACCACCUUCUUUCUGAUUGGAAUACCAGGGCUGGAGCAUGCUCAUGUAUGGAUCUCUGUCCCCAUCUGCCUCAUGUACUUGGUAGCCAUCCUAGGCAAUUGCACAAUCCUCUUUGUUAUCAGGACUGAGCCCUCACUCCAUGCACCCGUGUACUAUUUCCUUUCCAUGUUGACUGUCUCUGACCUGGGCCUGUCCCUCUCCUCCCUACCUACUAGGCUGAGGAUCUUUGUAUUCAGUGCCACAGGAAUCUCCCCAAAUGCUUGCUUUGCUCAAGAAUUCUUUAUUCAUGGAUUCACAGAUAUGGAGUCCUCAGUGCUUCUCGUCAUGUCUUUUGACCACUUUUUGGUCAUAUGCCACCCUCUGAGGUACAGCUCUAUCCUCACCAGUGCCAGAGUUGCCAAAAUGGGGCUGUUGUUUCUCAUUAAAAGCAUCUUAGUACUCCCAUUUCCUUUCACUCUUAAAAGGUUGACAUAUUGUAGGAAAAGCCUACUCUCUCAUUCCUAUUGUCUCCAUCAGGAUGUCAGGAAGCUGGCCUGCUCUGACAACACUGUCAACUUCUGCUAUGGUUUCUUUCUUGCCCUUUGUAUGAUGUCAGAAAGUGUGUUCAUUGCUGUGUCUUAUGUGUUCAUCCUGAAGACGGUCAUGGGAACUGGAUCCCACAGGGAGCAGCUCAAGGCUCUCAACACCUGUGUCUCCCAUAUCUGUGCUGUGCUUGUCUUCUAUGCGCCCAUUAUUGCUUUGGCAUCCAUGCACCGCUUUGGCAAGCACAAGUCCCCAAUGGCCAUGAUCCUCAUUGCCAAUGUUUUCUUGCUAGUGCCACCUCUUAUGAAUCCCAUUGUACAUUGUGUGAAGACACGGCAAAUUCGUGAAAAAGUUUUAGGAAAACUGGGUCUACAACAACGGUGUCAGUAA